AUGUACGGCGGGCCCGAAGGGGAUCAUCUCAGCUAUGGAGGUGCCAUCCGACCCAUAAGCGGGCAGCAGGCUCGCUCGGCCUGGAAGUCAUCAAAAUCCCGGUCGAAGGAUCUCGAGGGCACCCUUGGAGCAGGAUACGAUGAAAUCGUUGACGAUCGCAGCGAAGUUUUCGCUGAGCCUCCGAGAGGGUGCUUCCGGGGAAUCCGGGCCCUCUGGGCCACCCGUCAGAUGGCGGCCGACAAGUCGGACAAGGACUGGUUGGUGAAAACGACCCUUCGUGAGCUGUUCAUCUACAUCUGUUUCCUGUGCAUCCUGUGCAUCCUCACGUUCGGUAUGAUGAGUCCCACCAUGUUCUAUCAAACCAAGGUCCUGAACGACCUCUUCCUCGACUCGAACUUCAAGGACAAUUCGGGCAACAUGAGAGGAGCGACCAGCCUCGACAAUUUCUGGCAGUUCGUCGAUGACGUCCUCAUCGGUUCCCUGUAUUGGGACACGUGGUACAACAACCAGACGCUGGUCAGAGACGACCGUAACAUCCUUUACGAGAAUCGGCUCCUCGGCUCGCCUCGAUUCCGGCAGUUGCGCGUCCGGAAUAACUCGUGCAACGUUCACACCAAUUUCAAGAAGGUCAUCUCCCAGUGCUACGACAACUAUUCGCCCUUCUUCGAAGACACCGAACCAUUCGGGCUAAUGAACGGUACGGCGUGGACCUACCACAAGGAGAAGGAGCUCGACGGUUAUGAUCAUUGGGGCUUGCUGUACCGCUACAGCGGAGCCGGAUAUUAUUCCGAUAUCGGUACCACGAAGGAAGAGGCUCUUAACUCCGUUCAGGAGCUCAAGGACAACCUCUGGAUAAACCGAGGAACUCGCGCCGUGUUCAUCGACUUCACCGUCUACAACGCCAACGUCAACCUCUUCUGCGUCGUCAAGCUAGUGUUCGAAUUUCCGGCGACCGGCGGCAUGAUCCCGUCGUGGAGUUUCCGUACGGUGAAGCUCCUCCGAUACGUUACAACCGGGGACUACAUGAUUCUCGGAUGCGAGUUCAUCUUCCUUCUCUACAUAUUCUACUACGUCAUCGAGGAAUUCCUGGAGAUCAAGGCCAACCGAGCUACCUACUUCAAAUCCAUCUGGAACAUCUUGGACAUCCUGGUGAUUAUUAUAUCCGGUGUCUGCAUCGGUUUCUCCAUAUACCGAACAGUCAUGGUCAACCAAUUACUGGUCGAGCUCCUGAACAAACCGGACGAAUACGCCGAUUUCGGUAAACUCGGCUUCUAUCAAUUCCAAUUCAAUAAUGCAGUCGCUCUGGCUGUGUUCUUCGCGUGGAUCAAGAUCUUCAAGUACAUUUCCUUCAAUAAGACCAUGACUCAAUUGUCGUCAACCCUGUCUCGAUGCUCCAAGGACGUCGCUGGAUUUUCGGUGAUGUUCUUCAUCGUUUUCUUCGCCUUCGCCCAACUGGGCUACCUUCUCUUCGGGACCCAAAUCAAAGGAUUCAGCAACUUCUCCAACGCAGUGUUCACGCUCCUCCGUUUAAUCCUCGGAGACUUCAACUUCGAGGAACUCGAACAGGCGAACCGAGUCCUUGGUCCGAUUUACUUCCUCUCGUAUGUGUUCUUCGUCUUCUUCGUUUUGCUGAACAUGUUCCUGGCGAUCAUCAACGACACGUACGCCGAAGUCAAAGUGGAAAUCGCGCAGCAGAAGAACGAGUUCGAGAUCGUCGACUACUUCAAGAAGGGCUACAACAACUUCCUCACCAAGAUCGGACGGAGAGAUCAGAUCGUCGACAUCCAGAACGCGAUGCGCAUGGCCGAUACCGACAACGACAACAAACUCACAUUCGAAGAGGUCCGUAAAAGCCUCCGCGGUCAGAAUUACAGCGAUACCGAGAUCGAGAUGCUUUUCGCGAAAUACGACAUCGACGGGAAUCGCGAACUCAACGAACAGGAGGUCAAGGCCAUGAUGGCGCACCUCGAGGGACAGAAGAACCUUCUGGAUCAGGAAAUCGCCAACGAACAAAACGGCAUCUCGACCGAGUCUCCCAUCAGCGGAAGUGGGGGUCUCGAUGCGGCGAGCGCCGAAGAGAUUAACGUUCUCCAGAAACGAGUCGAUCGUAUGGAGCAUUCGAUCGGAGCCAUCGUCAGCAAAAUCGAUGCUGUUCUCCGCGGCAUGGAAGAGAUGGAGAACAAGAAGAAACGUCGAAGGGACGGCAUGUCUAAAAUACUUGAUAGCAUUUCCGAUUCGGGAGAGAUCGACGACAAGGAGAAGAGGACCCGGAUCGAGAAAUUGGUCAAGGAAGAACUUCUGAGAACAGAAUCUGAAGCUUCGCUGAAAGAUCCGUCUCAGCCCUAG